AUGACAUGUGAGGCAUAUAUUUCUCCCAAUGUUGAGUGGUCUUUAGAGCCAUCCACCUGGUUUGGCCAGACAUUGCUCACGGGAACUGUUCUCUUUAUUCUUACACAAAUGGUCAGCAAGUCAAUUGCAUGGACAGUUACUAUUUGGCUGUACAACAUAAUCACAUUUGUAUUUUUCCAUGCAAUUCUUGGGGAUCCAUUCAACCCAGAAUAUUCUGGACUAACCUUCUGGGAGCAAUUAAUGAUUCAAUUAAAAGGAUCAUCUGGAAUGAGUUUUUUUACACUUUUCCCAGUAGUUCUCUUCCUGUGUGGGGCUAGAUUUGCCAAGUUUAGUAAUUUUCUGUUUAUAGUCAAUUUCAUUUCUUUAGUCUUGGUUGUUGCUCCAAAAAUGCUUGUUUAUAUGGUUUACUACCGUAAAACGAAAAACGAAAAGAAAAAAAGAGAAAACGUACAUAAAAGAAAAAAAAGCAAAUCUGAAAAGAAAUAAUGAACAAUUAAUAAAUAAC